AUGGCCGCGCAGGGCCCCUCCGACGGCCCGAACUCGUGCAGCCCGCACACAGGGACGACGAUCCUGGCUAUCGUAUACGACGGCGGGGUCGUUCUAGCAGCAGACUCGCGGGUGUCCAUGGGCUCCUACGUGUCGAACCGCGCGUCGAACAAGAUCGCACCGCUCGGCGAGCGCGUGUUCCUGUGCCGCUCGGGCUCCGCGGCGGACACGCAGGCCGUCGGCGACUACGUGGCGCACUUCCUGAACCAGCACGCCAUGGAACUGGGGUCGGAGCCGAAAGUCCGCACCGCCGCGAACCUCGUCAAGGAGAUGAACUACAACAACCAGCACCUCAUGGCCGCGAUGAUCAUCGCCGGGUACGACGACCUGCGCGGCGGGCAGGUGUACGGCAUCCCGAUCGGCGGCACGCUCGUGCCGCAGAACUGGGCGGUGGACGGGUCCGGCAGCACCUACAUCUGGGGGCUGUGCGACGCGGAGUACCGCGAGGGGAUGACGCGCGACGAGGCCGAGACGUUCGCCAUCUCGGCCGUCUCGGCAGCGAUGGCCAGGGACGGGUCCUCGGGGGGUCUAUUGCGGCUGGUGACCAUCAACAAGGAGGGAGUGCACAAGCGGACGGUGCUGGGGUCCGAGAUCCCGCUGUACCACGAGGAGCUGCCGAUCCCUGCGGCGGCGUGA